AUGCCCACCCCCGGCACCACUGCCCCCCCGGCCAAGGGCUUCCGCAGGGCCGUGUCCGAGCUGGACGCCAAGCAGGCCGAGGCCAUCAUGUCCCCCCGCUUCGUCGGGCGGCGGCAGAGCCUCAUCGAAGACGCGCGGAAGGAGCGGGAGGCGGCCGAGGCGGCGGCGGCGGCAGCGGCGGGGGCCUCGGAGCCCGGGGACCCCCUGGAGGCCAUCGCCUUUGAGGAGAGGGACGGCCGGGCGGUGCUGAACCUGCUGUUCUCCCUGAGGGGUGCCAAGCCGUCCGCGCUGUCCCGCGCCGUGAAGGUUUUCGAGACCUUCGAUGCCCAGAUCCGCCACCUGGAGACGCGGCCUGCCCAGCGCGCGCCGGCCGGGGGUGCCCGCCUGGAGUGCCUGGUGCGCUGUGAGGUGCCUGGCCCGGCCCUGGCCGCCCUGCUCAGCUCCGUGCGCCGCGUCGCCGAGGACGUGCGCAGCGCCAGGGAGGACAAGGUCCCCUGGUUCCCGAGGAAAGUCUCUGAGCUGGACAAGUGUCACCACCUGGUCACCAAGUUUGACCCUGACCUCGACCUGGACCACCCGGGCUUCUCGGACCAGGCGUAUCGCCAGCGCAGGAAGCUCAUCGCCGAGAUCGCCUUCCAGUUCAAGCAUGGAGACCCGAUCCCCCGCGUGGAGUACACGGCCGAGGAGAUCGCCACCUGGCAGGAGGUCUACUCCACCCUCAAGAGUCUGUACAGCACCCACGCCUGCCGCGAGCACCUCGAGGCCCUGGAGCUGCUGGAGCACUUCAGCGGCUACCGGGAGGACAGCAUCCCCCAGCUGGAGGACGUGUCCCGCUUCCUGAGGGAGCGCACCGGCUUCCAGCUGCGGCCGGUGGCCGGGCUGCUGUCGGCCCGCGACUUCCUGGCCAGCCUGGCCUUCCGUGUGUUCCAGUGCACCCAGUACAUCCGCCACGCGUCCUCACCCAUGCACUCCCCCGAGCCGGACUGCUGCCACGAGCUGCUGGGGCACGUGCCCAUGCUGGCCGACCGCACCUUCGCCCAGUUCUCCCAGGACAUCGGCCUGGCGUCCCUGGGGGCUUCGGAUGAGGAAAUCGAGAAGCUCUCCACGCUGUACUGGUUCACGGUGGAGUUCGGGCUGUGCAAGCAGAACGGCGAGGUGAAGGCCUACGGGGCCGGCCUGCUGUCCUCCUACGGGGAGCUCCUGCAUGCCCUGUCCCCGGAGCCCGAGGUCCGGCCGUUCGAGCCCGACGUGGCAGCCGUGCAGCCGUACCAGGACCAGACCUACCAGCCCGUGUACUUUGUGUCCGAGAGCUUCAGCGAUGCCAAGGACAAGCUCAGGAGCUACGCCGCCCGCAUCCGGCGCCCCUUCUCCGUGAAGUUCGACCCCUACACGCUGGCCGUGGAGCUGCUGGACUCGCCUGGCGCCAUCCGCCGCUCCCUGGAGGGCGUCCAGGAUGAGCUGCAGGCCCUCACCCACGCACUGAGUGCCAUCAGCUAGGGCCGGGGUGCCACCCGCUGCCCCCAGCCCCGUGGAGGGCUCGGGCCUGGCCUGUGGGCCUCGGUCCCUUCCCCAGCCUCCCGGCGCCUGUCCCCCGCAGCCCCCCGCUUCUCAGCUCUGUGCCUGGCGUGCGUGUGUGCCCCCGUGUCCCUGCCGUCGUGCCGCCCGCCGAGCCCCUCACCUGGGAGGCCGUGCCGCCCCCGCUCACGCUCAAUAAAAGCAACACCU